AGCUAUCUAUGAUGGCCGUCGAUUGGCUGUCGGAUGGAGUGUAGGGCUUUUAUGUAAAUAAAUUUUGUGGAUAGCAGUUCACUCGAUGUUAGUUUAAUAUUAAGUAAUAAUUCAUAAGCAUGGGAUCACGGGGCUGACAGUGAUAUAAUUGAAAGCAGUCCCCGGCUUCGACUGAUCUCGCCCAGCGCUCCGCGGCCGGUGAACCAUGGCGCAAGUGGGCGCCAACAUGGAAUACCAGGAGUACAAGUGGGCCUACUCAAUCAUGGACUCCUCCAAAGUGUCAGCGUGCCUGAUCUCAAUGCUGCUGAUCGUCUACGGCAGUUUCCGCUCGCUGAACAUGGAGAGGGAGGCCAGAGAACGCGCGGAGCGCGAGCGAGAAGCGUCCCUUCUUGGAGGCACCAAACCCCCGCCCAGCCAGGCUAAUAGUAACGUACAGACCCUCAACACGAUGCAGGCGCUGUGCUUCCCCCUGGGCUCGUCAGUGGCGUUGCUCGUCAUGUUUUUCUUCUUCGAUUCCAUGCAGACGCUGGUCGCCAUAUGCACUGCGAUAAUCGCGUGCGCGGCGCUAGCGUUCCUUCUGACGCCAUUGUGUCAGUACGUGGCUGGCGGCACGGGCUCCCGCGCCGUCUGCGGCCGCUACUCCGCGCCCGAGCUGGCCGCAGCCUUACUGGCCGCAGGCAUAGUCGCCGUGUGGGUGCUCACUGGCCACUGGCUGCUCAUGGACGCCAUGGGCAUGGGUCUAUGCGUGACCUUCAUCGCUUUAAUCCGCCUGCCCUCGCUGAAGGUGUCAACCCUGCUCCUCACGGGGCUCCUACUCUACGAUGUGUUCUGGGUGUUCUUCAGCUCCUAUAUUUUUACUACUAACGUCAUGGUCAAGGUCGCUACCAGGCCGGCGGAGAACCCGAUGAACGUGGUGGCGCGGCGGCUGCAGCUGGGCGGCGCCAUGCGCGACGCGCCCAAGCUGUCCCUCCCGGCCAAGCUCGUCUUCCCCUCCAUGCACCACCAGGGACACUUCUCCAUGCUCGGGCUGGGCGACAUCGUGAUGCCGGGGCUGCUGUUGUGCUUCGUGCUGCGCUACGACGCGUACAAGAAGGCCACGCUCGUGUGCCAGAUGGGGCAGGUGCCCGGCCCGAGAUCCAUGGGUUCCCGACUGACAUACUUCCACUGCUCGCUGCUGGGCUACUUCCUGGGCCUGCUGACGGCCACGGUGUCCGCCGAGGUGUUCAAGGCGGCGCAGCCGGCGCUGCUGUACCUCGUGCCGUUCACGCUCCUGCCCCUCCUCACCAUGGCCUACGUGAAGGGCGACCUCCGAAGAAUGUGGAGCGAGCCGUUCAUCGCGCCCGCCGGCAAGGGCGGCGCCGACUUCGACGUGUGACUGCCGCGCGCUGCCACUCCGCGCUCCGCCGGUGCUCCGUGCUCCCGUCCGUCUACUGUUCUCGCUGCACUGUACCGACAGUGCGUACACAGCUUUAUUCCGUGCACUCUAACUUUCAAAAAGGAACUGAUAUCAGGUAAAAACAAAAGACGGCGCAAAACAAUUGCUAAUCGGCGUGCAGUCGUUGGCGAGUGAAUGCGUCCGAGAUCUUGAAUUUCGAACGAGUGUUAUGACAUGUUCGAAGUUGGACCGCUGGGCGUAUUUUAGUGUGAUACAGAUGCUGAGAGCGGCCUGUACUGACUGGCUUCGCUCAUACAGGUCGAUUCGCAAGAGCUGACGCGAAUGGGAUGAAUGAAUGAAAGCUGACUGUAUACCGAUACAGGUGUCAUUCGUUUCAAAGUUUCGUUCUCCAUUCAUGCCAGCUUUCUUGAAUCAAUCUGUAUGAUUGCGCCUGCUCAGUUUUUACUAACUCUUAGAUCUCUAUACAAGUAAAGCCUGACUAGAAAUAUAUGACUGUCAAGUGGGCGCUGUUAUUCUGAUGUAUGGAGUGACAGUUCAGUUUAGUAUGAAGAAAAUAGUUCUAAUGAAAUUCCGCAAGAUGGCGCGUAGUCAUAUAUUUCUGGACAGGCUUUAUACAUAUUAUAUUUUCAUCAUCCAAUAUUUAUGCGAAAUAUUAUCGAAAUUCUUAUUGGAAAAGUAUUAUGUGUUCGCUGUGACACUGCGGCUUAUUGAAUAUUAGUGCGAGUCCGCUACUAGAAGCCUGAGUGUAACGAGGCAGCGUCACGACUUGAUGAAAAUAAUAAAACUUGUAAAAUCAGUUUAAUGCGAGAACUAUGUUUCAUGGUAACAGACUUGCCAAUGGGAAGGUAACCUAAAAUAUUAUCUAAUUAUAAUGAAUUAUGAUUUAUGCAAGAUUUGCUCUAUUAAGUUUAUCUAGUUCUUAUGUGAACAAGCCGCAGUUAAACCCUUUUUAGGCUUUGAACCAAUAAACGAUAGUAACUGUACUUUUGUAUAGGCCGUGUUGCGAGUUAGGGAAUAUGGUAACCAAAAGUCACCAUAUGGAUUAUGACCAAGAUUAUUUUAUGACUAUUCUAUUCUCAAUAAACAGAUUUCUUUUAAGUAGUAUAUUUUAAACAGUUUUAGCUAUAAUUAAGCUAAAGUAAAUCUAAUUUUUGUUAUAAGUAAAUUAUCUAUUUCUUUCUCUCUGGUACAUUAGUUCGAAAGAGACAGAUAUUUUACAGUCAAAUAAAAGCCUUAAAAAGUUGGUAAAUCCUUCUCUCCAAGCAAACUGUAUGAAGUGAAUUGAAGCGUUAAGGUAAAGACAUAUUAUAAGCUGUAUGUUAAGCUAGACUAUACACUUUCUUUCUUAUUAAUAAUUAAUUUCAAUAAGGGAAGUUACAGCACAGGGUAACUUUUAACACCUCUUGUAAAGUAUGGUAAGGAACGAGACCAGUGCGCUUUAUUUUGUAAGUAAACCCUUAAUUUGGCAGCAAACACGGAAGGUUGUAAGUUCAAACCUCUCUGGCGCUCACUAGAUACUGGUUAAAAAAAUCAAAAAGAGGGUCAAAAAGUGUACAGUAUUUUGAACAAGACACAUUAAGGGUUAUGUUUUUUUGCAUUUUAUUCUUCACAAAAUAAUUUCAUUAUUUCAAUGGCAUCUUAUAGCUACAAUUGGCAAGCAACUUGAGCCGCCUACUUUGGCAGUUUUAUUCGUGUAAUUGAAGGUGCCAAUGUCGAUUUCCGAAUAUAUAUUAAUGUAGAAAUGUACUCGGGCGUCUUUGAGCUCUUCGAAAAUGUAAAAGAGUUAUUCGCCAAACUCGCUACAUGAACAAUCAGAUUCUUCCCAGUGAUUCUUUAUAUGUACAACAUUCAGAGCCCUUCAAUUAUACGCGCAACUAUAACUGACAUAAUUAAUAAUAAUUACGCUUAUUAUAAGGAACAAAUCGCAAGUCAUAUUACCACCAUUCUUUGUAUUUUCAUUCACAUUUCACCUAAACCUAGUGUACAACGAUAUGAUGAUGACAUCACAAUACUCAAGGGGAGCAUUUUGCAGGGUUUUUUAAUCGCCUUUUUAAAUAAUGUAAUGUCACAAGCUACGCAAUGCAUCUAUUUUAGGACGGCAACUUUCACGGGCGAGGGAUGCUAGAAGCCAAGGGUGCCAAAAUAAUACGAAGAAAAUUCGCCAAAUAACUUGCCCUGUGAGUUGUCACAUCUACUCAGUUUAAGUAAAAUAGAAUUGCACUUAUAGGCAAAGAUCUCUCUAAGAAUCUCUUUAAGCUACUAUGGAUUUGAUAUAUUUUGAUAUGUGUCACGAAUGUGUUGGUUCGGAUUUAAAGUAUGUUUGCAUACGGAUUUUUUGCUGAUGUUUAGUCAUUUCGUAACCGCCAAGUCAUCGUUUUGGUUUACUUACCUAUGAUCAAACUAUGUUGUCACUGCCUUAGACUGAUGUUUUCAAUAAAGAUUUAGAAUUUCUAUAUGUUAUGGGAGUUAUGAAUUAUGAUGUAGGUGUAAGCUAUGUCUAUAAUGUUGUUAUUAUUCACACAACUGUAUUGUUGUUGUAAAUUAUUUGAUUGAAUUUAAUGAAUGAUGUUAUUGUAAGACACUACAUCAUAAGAUUCAUAUGAUAAUGAAUUAUAUACUUGGUAUGUGUGAUUUGAUUUUUGAUGAACUCUUCAUUUACUUUUAAUAAAUGUUUUAAGUAGUAGUUAUUAAUAAAGGAUAAUAAUGAUAAGUUUACAACGUGGAGGAUAUACAGUGAACAGUAUUUUUCUGAUUAUGACAAAAAGUGAUAUAAUUUAUUGAGGCUUACAAACUAUGUAUGGAAUAUGAAUUUGAAAAGCAUCAAUUUAUCUGUUUGUAUCGUAUGAGUAUUAGUGUUUAUGAUAAACUAAAACUAUCUUAAUAAAUUGUUUCUACGGAAUGUUUAAAAGUAACAAUGUUUAGUCUAUUUUAAGGGUGAUCAUUACUUAUUUCGGUGCAUUUAGAUUUUAUUGUGUAAACUAUCAUUCAGAGUAUUCAUUGAUGUACAUACAGACAUAUAUGAUAAAAGAUUGAUGUUGUAUCAAGUAUCACAUCUUGUCAAACAUUGCACUUCUGAUGUAAAUAUCGCCCAAAUUAACAUUCAGUAUCCACAAAAUUGGGAAAAGCAUUUAGUAUUUUUAUUACAUAAAUACUGUGAAAGACUCCUGACAGAAUACCUAAUAAAAAUAUUAGAUGAAGUA